AUGGUACAACAAGGAAAGAAGGGUAACGACCUUCCCAACGGCAGCACAAAGUAUAGAGAUCAAUCAGCAACCAUGACGUCGCAAAGAAAAGAUUUGGGAGAUUCUCGAGGAAAUGGUAUGGGAAAGGCUGAUGGCAGAUCGCAAAAUGGCACUUCAAGCUUCUUUCGUACAGACACUGCAAUUUCUGGCAACAGAAACCAAGGAGAGCGUGUAUUACAGCGAUGGGUCCCCGAUAAGCCUGCCGACACUGAUGGUUCUCUGGAAGGAGGUCGAGGAAGAGGCGUUCCUUGGGAUCAGUUUGCAGAGAACGAGCGACGAUUCGGUGUGAAGACGGACUACGAUGAGAACAUUUACACAACUCAGAUCAACACUAGUCACCCACAUUAUGCACAGAGACUCGCCGAUGCAGACAGAAAGGCUAGAGAAAUUAUUGGCAGCAUAGCAAUGAACUCUCAUAUUGCAGAGGAGCGCAUUGCGGAUCACACCGGAUCGAAUGAGAAUGGGCUUGAUGAAGAAGAGAAAUAUAGUGGUGUUCGCAGACAAGAUUUCCCACCUCUUACCUCGUCAAAAGGUGCAUAUCAACCACCUGGCAAGCGUGCCCCUGUUGAUCGUACUUCUAUUGAUCGCGCACCCGCAGCUGCCCCAGCAUCUGCUCCAGCCGAUCGUGCUCUUAUCGAUUCGGCCAUCAUGUUUGCAGGAGCGAAAGCCGAUAAACCCGCCGAUAAAGGAAAAUCGGCUCCAGCCGCAAAACCUACAAAGCCAGAGGUAGCAACUCCACCGACCACCACCGAGUCAAGCACUACUCCUACACCAGAGCUUCCUUCAACAAGUCGCACAUUGCCCUCACAAGUCAAAACUACUGGUGGACCAAAUGCUACGGCAACUGUUGAGGCUGAUGUCUCCAAGGCUUUCAAGACCUUUGCCGCCAACCAGAGAAGCAAUAUGCAACAAAUUCGUUUGAACAAGGCCAAGAAUGAUAAGCUGGUCAAGCUCAAUGACCUCAAAAGAUUCGCGAUUGAUUUCAAGCUGAACACUCCAGUUCCACAAGAUCUUGUUCCUAUCAUUGCCAAGGACCCUGCGAAGCAAAAGGCAAUCCAGGAGAGAGCACAACGCAAUGCUGAAGAAGCCAAACUUCAUCCUACUGAAUCUGUCAAGCCGAUUACACCAAAUCCUGACGUUAACGCGGCACAACGCUCCGCAACUACAACAACUACUCAUACUACAUCACCACCAUCGGGUACUUCUAGUCGUCAAAACAUUGGACGUGGUCCUUAUCCGCAAGGCACUCACAGUUUUACACAGAACUCUCGAGGCGAUAGACCUGUUCAGGCACAGCAGUCAAUGCCUCAAAGCCGCCCAGCCGGUAAUUUGUCCCAGCGAUUGAGAAGCCUCGAACAAAAUAGGCCUGCUCAAGUUCCAUCGAAUGUGAUGCCAGUCCAUGAGGCUAGACUUCCUCCCACUGGUCCCUCGAAUCCUAUUGAUCCCAACUUUUCCCGUCGUUCAAGUGGUGUUACAAGUGCUCAAGGUGGUCCGAGACUUAAUGCUAGCGUCAGCGAAUUCCGACCAAACGCAUUCGCCAAGGACUUCAGUCCCGCUGGCAAUCCAAGCAGUGGCUCGAGUCCUCGUCCGGUGGCCAAUGCUGCAGAGGUUCAACCAACACCACCUGUUGCACGUUCCUUGGUUCGUCGCAAGCCAUUGGCAAAGGGCGCUCGCGCUUCGCUUCAAGGCAAAUAUGAUGCGAUGGAGCUCAUCAAGACCCUAAAGCCAGGAGAAGGAAAGAAUUGGAGCGCAAAUGGUGGCUUAAAGCCAGCUUACGAUACUCAUCUGCUAUGGAAAGUAACUGCUAACGGUGCACCCACGGAGUCGUACAUUCAAGUAUUUGAAAAGGCACCAUUCCCCACCACCACGCCAGUUGUAUCGGAGCCUCAUCCACCACAAACAGCCCCACCGGUACCACAUCAACAUCAAUUGCCGUUCCACCUCCAGUCAGGUGUGCACAACAUUAAUGCUAGGCAAUCUCCACGUCAACCUCCACUCAACAUGCAUGGAGCUCAAAUGGGUCACCCUACCCCAGCUUUCAGCGGUCCUGAUGAACUGCGUAUGAUGCCAUCGCACUCUGCACAAUCCUUCUCAUCUCCAAGAAUGCAACAACUUCCGAUGGCAUUCCAUUCUCCAAUGGGUGCAAAUGCCCAAUUGGCCUAUAAUCCCCAGAUGCUACCUUACCCUGGUGCACCUCAAAUGCAGCCAUUCAGAUCUCUUUCACAAAACCACCAAUUCAUGCCACAGCAGGCACAUAUGGGUCAACCCAUGAUGAUGCCUAACCCUGCUGGCGGAUUUAUGCCUCCACAAGGAAUGGCACCUGGUCCACAAAUGAUGUAUCCACCUGGUGCACAGGGUCAAUUCAUGCCACCAAAUAAUGGUCACCCACCAGCUAUGCCAAAUGGUGGUUAUCCAAGUCCUGGUAGAGGUGCUCCAAUGAUGAUGCAUCAAGGUUCGCAACAAGGUCAUCAACCUGUGUAUGGUAUGAGUCCCGGUCCUCAAUAUGGUAAUUUAGCACCUGUCUUUCCUCAACCAGUUCCAAACCAAAUGCCAAUGCGAGGUGGUUAUGGAGGACCAAAUCCAUACGGCACAAGCCCUCAGAAUGCGCACCUCACGAAUCAGUAUAAUGCAAGCCAACCACACCGUCAGAACAGUCACUCCAAUGGCAAUCAUUACAACAAAAACUUCCAACAACACGCUCAACACCCACAUGGGCCACCCAACAAUCAAGUUCCUACCGGUCCUCAAGCUCAAGCUGCUGGUGGAGCUGAUGAGAGUAAAUGA